AUGUCUAUCAAUUCACUUCCUACGGAGAUACUCCUCAAAAUAUUCAGCGAUUUUAAUGCGGAGAGCAUCUUCUAUGCUAGACAAGUUUGUCGGAGGUGGAGACAAGUCAACGAAUCAAAGUUUUAUAGCUUCUUAGAAAUCGAAUGUAUCCAACCAAAGAAUCCAUACAUUAGGUCUUGGCCUAUAGACGCCGUGAAAUAUUCACACCUUGUGAAGAUCCUGAACUUAAAAUUGCUGCCUGGCCAUGAGAGCAAGAUCGAGUCCAGCCAAGAAAGUCUCCCAGCCAUUGUCAAUCUCAUACAGCCGUUCACCUUUGUCAGGGUUUUCAGCUACUCUGACGAUUGCUCGGGUGUAGGAUGGGGUAAAUUUUGGAACAUCAUUAAUUCUGCGGUUCUGGUGAUGCCGUUGCUUGAAUUGGUAUCCAUUGAUCGUUGGGUUAGCGGGUUUCCAUCCAAACCAUUACCAGGCCGCGAGUUAAACCUUUUCGGCGAAGACGGACACGCCGAUCUCGAGUCGACUUCAAUCAAUCGGGAGAACCCAACACGAUGGCAAUUUUCCGAACCGAUACCUAUUGACGUUUGGGUUAAAGGAGAUCCGUUGAUUGAAGGGGUAUCUGAAAGCUCAACCUUAGUAGGAGGAGAUCCCACUCUUCGUCAACGUCCACAACAUCUCAAGGAAAUUAGGAUUUCUUUAUACAUCGAUAAAUCAUCUUUGGCGAUAAUAAAUCCUUUCUUCGAACGCCUAUUCGAAAUUUUUGGGCCCGGGUCCGAGAAUAACGUUUCGGAGCUGAAUAUAAAACUUAACUGGUCCUUUAGCACACAUGAGGAGGAUAUUCAUCCACUACACGAAUACAACGGACGCACUAGUACCCCGCCUUCGUGGAAGCUAGGGAACCUCCGGAGACUAAUGUUUGAAAGUGAAGGCAGUUAUUGCUUCGCACAAGAAGUAGCUGCGGACUUUUCAAAGCUCAAAUGGUUAUCUACAACUCGGUCGAAUUGGAACAGGCUGCUAGAAGAUUGGGCGAACAACAAAAAUCCCGGCGUCACGCUUAAGGAUUUCCAGAAUAUUGAAGUAUUCUGCCUCAUAAUACCCGACUACAUAGGGUUUUAUUUUCCCCGGGAAAAAUCGGAUUUUUUCUCUGCCGUUCUGAAGCAGCAAUUAAACUAUUUUCCGAAUAUAAAAGAAUUCCGGAUUGUAUUAGAAACUAUUUCAAUCUACCCGGUAAUUCGCAACGAUCAAGGACAGCUAGAGAUUGGUAAGCCAUAUGAGAAACCUACGGCUACGGGUUAUGCACGUGGGCUCUUCAAGCAUGAUCCAUUCAGAUGGACUACUCGUAUUAACCCUUUAGGACAUUUUGAAGAAAAGAUGGAUUGGGGUGUAACGCAGAUGGGGAUGCUCUAG